AUGGAAGAAAAUCAGAGGAGGGGAAGAGAGCUCAAAAUCCGAGGAAGUCAGGAGGUGUCAUCCCACUUGAAUCUGGCCCUAAUCAGUCGCAAUCUGAAUAUAUCCUCCCCACCUGGGUUCGAGAACCUGCAAGGGGGGCUUCCUCCAGCAAUCCUAGACUAUCUUCCAUGGGGAUCAGAAAAAGUACUGGACAACUACUACCAACCACGCAGACUUGAAGAAGACUUGGAGAAGGUGACGGAAGCAAUACAAACCAGUAUGUUGCUCAAUGAUGAUGAGCCCAUUAGGAUCAAGAGAAUGGGGGAGAAGGAAAGAGGCCAGGACCAGCUGGGCCUCUUGGAAAUGGGCCAACAACUGUCACUAGCUAGGCCGAGUGUCACUGUUCAUCAUGACAGCCCAAACCUUUUGAUUAACCUCCUCAACUGA